AUGUCAAUGGUCGGUCUUAGCUUAUUGGCUCGUCUCAACAAACUUGUCGCAAUAGCUAAACACUGCGAUCCCAUGUCUACGAUGGGUGUUAUAAAUAUUAUCUUUUUUGGUGAUUACAUUCAAUACUCCCCAAUAAACUGUGUUGUUAUGCUUGAAGAACAGAUGAAAACCAAAGACUUGGCCUAUCGGAGUUUGCUGAAUAGAGUUCGUCAUGGCGAAGGUACACAUGAAGACUGGCAACUGCUUCGAACACGUGUGAUUGGUAUCGGACUCCACAUUUCUCUCAAUGACCCACCAUGGAAUGAGGCUCCAAUUCUUGUUUACCGAAAUGAACUUCGAGCAGAACUAAACAACCGAGCUGUUAUCAACAAAGCCUAUGAGAUGGGUCGAGUGCCAACCAUUGUGGUUGCUACCGAUACCAUAAAAGCCAUGAAGCAUGUCGAUUUGCCCGACCUGAAAAGACGCAUGCCUGUAUUAUUGCAAGAAAAUAUUGCUUGUGAACUUGGCCUGUCUAAUGGUGCGCAAGGUAUCUUCCGCGAAUUACUCUAUGAUCGCGUGUUAGAACCCACAGCCGGCACUAAUGAAGAAGCUUUUACGCCUGACACUGUCUUUAUACGUAAUGCUCAAUAUGCUUUGGUGGAAAUAGCGAAAUCCAAAAUAAGUAAACUAGGUUCGCUCGAACCGCUCGUUGUUUCUAUUCCAAUAAUUGAGAAAACAUUCGAUGUCGAUCUUGAGAAACUGUAUAGUGAUAAAGGAGCCGUGAUGAAAUUGUUCAAGGAUAGAAAGCUUAAGGCUAGCAUAUCUGUGAAAAGAAAAGCAUUGCCACUUAUACCAGCCUACUCCAUUACAACUCACAAAAGUCAAGGUCAAACACUGCCAAAAAUAGUCAUUGACUUGAAUAAGCCGCCUGGAGCGGUUGAAGUAGCUUCGGCUUAUGCACCACUAUCCCGGGUGCAACGGCUCUCAGAUUUUGUAAUUUUACAGGAUUUUAGUAUUGACGCUCUGCGCGUAAAACCGUCCGAAGGCCAGAUCGCUGAACUUAAUAGAUUAGCUAUCAUUUUCGAACGAACAAAACAACAUUAUUCUCAUUACUUCGCAUGA